CUAUUUGAAUAAGAAAACUUAGCUAAUUUUAGAGGGCUAUUUUAAAGCCAUUUUCCUAGUUGAAACUGGAUACUACACUCGCGUAAAUUACACCAAAUUUUCCCAAAUUCAGUUUCUGUUUGUUCGUAGCUGUCUAUGUUUCCGCUGUUCCUAACCAAGACUCCUCCAGUACUUGUGUCGCCGGCAUCCAUGUCGGUUACAUAUGUCCGACGUUGUCUCCAUUCUCGCACACCCCGCCGCUUCCUCCACACAGCAAAUCCAUCACCAAAAUCAGCACCCAACUUGUUUUCCGACCCAAUUUUCAAAUCCAAAGUUGAAGAAUUAAUUUCAAAACAGCACUGGUAUAACCUCAAGGAAUUAAUUAAACCUAUUAACCCGUCUUCCUUUCUUGAACUUCUUUUGGAAUCUGGGUUUGAUUCUUCGUCCAUAUUGGGGUUUUUCAGGUGGUCUAAGGUUUACCAUCCUCUUGAAAAUUUAUUUAAACUUCUUGUAUUGUUAGUUAAUGACAAAAAAUACCCAAAGGUUCGAUCUUUAUUGCAUGAUUUUGUUAAAAAUGGGAAGACUCAUUCAGUUUCUUCUGUUUUUCAUACGCUUUUGACAUGUAGUGAUAAUUUCUGUGCUAAUUCUAUUAUUGUUGAUAUGUUGGUAUUAGCUUAUGUUAACAAUGGUAAGUUGGAUUUAGCUUUGGAGGGUUUUAGGAGAGCUGGGGAUUAUGGGUUUAAGUUGAGUGUGUUUUCGUGUAAACCGAUGCUUAAAGGGGUGGUGAAAGAGGGGAAAUUUGAGGUAGGGGAGAACGUGUAUAAGGAGAUGAUUAGGAGGAGGAUUUGGGUUGAUUUGUACACGUUUAAUGUUGUGAUUAAUGGGUUGUGUAAGGCGGCGAAGCUGAAUAAGGCGAGGGAUGUGAUGGAUGAUAUGAAGGUUAGAGGGAUUACGCCUAAUGUGGUUACUUACAAUACGUUGAUUGAUGGGUAUUGUAAGAGGGGUGGGGAUGGGAAGAUGUAUAAAGCGGAUGCGCUUUUGAGAGAAAUGGUGGAGCAGGGGGUGAGUCCAAAUGAGAGAACUUAUAAUAUUCUUAUUGAUGGGUUUUGUAAGGAUGAUAAUGUGGGGGCAGCCGUGAAGGUUUUUAAAGAAAUGCAGCUUCAAGGGAUGAGAAUGGACGUUGUCACGUUUAACUCGUUAAUUUAUGGGCUCUUUGGUGAUGGGAAAGUUGAUGAGGCUCUUGGUUUACGUGCAGAAAUGAUACAUUUGGGGUUGGAACCUAAUAUUCGGACUUAUAAUGUAAUGAUAAAUGGUUUUUCAAAAAUGAAGAUGUUCGGAGAGGCUAAAGAGUUGUUUAAUGAUAUUGUGAAGCAAAGGUUAGAUCUAAAUGUACUAACUUUCAACACAGUUAUUGAUGCUCAUAGUAAGGCUGGCAAAAUGGAAGAAGCAGUCGCUCUUCGUGACCAAAUGUUGAGAAAACUGAUUUGUCCCAACAUUUCAACAUAUAAUUGCUUAUUAGCUGGUUAUUAUCGAGACGGAAAUGUUGGAGCAGCAAAAGAGCUACUAGAGGAAAUGGAGGAGAAGAGUGUGAAGGCUGAUCUAGUAACUUACAACAUUCGAAUAGAUGCAAUGUGCAAAAGGGAAGAAUCAAGAAAGGCAGUGAGACUUCUAGAUGAGAUGUCUGAGAAAAGGUUGUUCCCAAGUCACGUGACAUACAACACUUUGAUGGCUGGCUACUGCCAAGAAGGUAACACCAAAGCAGCUGUUACUAUUAGGAAAAGAAUGGAGAAGGAAGGAAAGCAACCAAAUGUUGUCACUUACAACGUGUUGAUUAAAGGUUUCUGUCAGAAAGAUAAGCUGGAAGAAGCAAAUGCUCUUUUGAAUGAGAUGUUGGAAAGAGGAUUGGCACCCAAUAGAAUUACCUAUGACAUUAUCAGAGAAGAAAUGAUAGACAAGGGAUUCGUCCCUGACAUAGAUGGACACCUCUACAAGGAUAUUGUUAAUUGUUAAUUAUGGUGGAGAAGCUUGAAAAUGGUCUAAUGAAUCGAGUCAUUCUGUUGCGAUUUUCUUCCGGUGGGACAAAAGCAAAAGUCUUUGUGGCUCAUGGUUACAUUGCAAGGUAGAUCAAGGGUUGGUAAUUAUAUUAAAGCCCAUUCAUGGGUGAAAUUCAGUGGAGACUUGUCUGCUUCAUCAUGAAAGCAAUCUUCUGUGCACACAUAGUUGCAACUGUAACAGAAGAUUGGUCUUCCCUCUAUUGUAUUCUAGCUUGCCCGGAGGAAAUCAUAGGCUGGUGCGGUAGCUUUGAUGUUUUCCGUUGAAGUAUGCUUGGGUAAAUUCUCAGCAUGGUCUUAUCAACGUGUAUAAUUAGUUGUCCUUAUAUUUUGGGUUAUAUGCCGUUUGUUUCAUUUUUACGCUGAUAGAUACAUCAUGAGUUUGUUUCUCAAAAAGGUACAUCAUGAGUUUGCAUGGCUCAAGCAUUGCAUGAAAGAUGAUCGUGUGGCCAUUGUUUGCAAAGUCCAAAGUUUGCUGGCGGAUCCUUGGCUUGUUGGCCACCUGUUACUAUGUGAUUUAAGGUGAGUGACAUGCCAAGAGAACACUUGUGCAGCUAGGAGAUCUCCUGCCGAACGCCUUAGCAAUCUAAUCUACAGAACCUGGUAAGACAGUUAGAUCUGAUCUGGUUCUGGGGAAAAUUGUAUGGAUCAAAGUUUCGAUGAGAGAGAUAAUGAAGAGCAUUUUGUUCAAAGAGAACUAUGAGACUGAAGUUGUGGAUUGAAGAGGCAAUCUUUGUUACCUAUUCCAAAGAAAAUGCAGGAUUAGAAGUUAGUAUAAUGUUUUUCCAGUGGAAAAAUUGGUAUUGGAUUUAUGUAAUCUGCCCAGCUUAACAUGAGUAUUUGUUUCGUGGAAUCACCAGGUCUUUCUUCCUCUCACUAAUCUAUUUGGCAGUGUGAAAAUGUAUGAGAAUUCCAAUUAUAUCAAUUUUGUACCAUAUCCACCCCUAA